ACCAACAUGGUUUCACGCAUCAACACAGUACACUGAAGAGUUAACAAAAAAUGAAUUCUACUAUGUUCGUCCCAAGCAUACGGAGUUUGGUCGGGCUUAUUUUGUUGUUCAUGAAUCAUGCGUGUGCCUCGGAUCCUGAAGUCUCUCAGGAUGCCCGCAGUCCCAGCCGGAGCUUUUUCACUGUGGUCUGGAACAACAGGCUGUACUUAUAUUCGGCUGCUGCAGUUGUUUUGGGGAUCUGGUUUUCACUGGAGAUGGCACUGAGGAAGCAAAGUUUGGCUGGUAGAAGCAGCUUGAUGGUCAACAGUGCUGUGAAGAAGAACCAUGAGCGCUCUUUGAAAGAAAAUGAGGUCCAUGUGGGAGGAGUUAAAAUCUUUUACGGCUCACAGACUGGAACAGCAAAAGGCUUUGCAAAAGACCUCUCAGAAGAGGUGAAGGCUUUGGGUAUAUCAGCUGAGGUGAUUGACAUGAAAGACUACGACCCAGACGACCAACUUGCUGAUGAGUGUGCCAACAAGUCGGUGUGUGUGUUUCUUUUGGCCACCUACACUGAUGGACAGCCCACAGAGAAUGCUGAGUGGUUCUGCAAAUGGUUGGAGGAGGCAUCCACUGACUUCCGAUAUGGGAAAACCUACCUUAAAGGCCUGAGAUAUGCAGUGUUUGGUCUUGGAAACUCUGCCUAUGUUGGCCACUACAAUACAGUUAGCAAAAAUGUGGAUAAAUGGCUGUGGAUGCUGAGUGGUAUGAGAAUUCUGACCAGGGGAGAGGGUGACUGUAAUGUGGUGAAGAGCCGUCAUGGCAGCAUCCAGGCAGACUUCGCAGCCUGGCAAGUCAAGUUUCUGAACCGCAUGCUGGCCCUGGCUAAAGGUGAGAAGAAGAGCUGCAGUGGAUCUGGAAUCUGUCAGAAGAAUGCCAGAACCUCGUGUAAGAACAACGAGGAUGUCCAGAAUGAAGAAAAGACACCCCUGCAGAAUAACAACUCUGAGGAUGAGUUGUUGGAGUCGAGCAGCGAUGAGGAGUCCAAUCUGCCAGAUGGGGAAAAAUCACAUUCAGUUGUUGAUGUGGAGGAUCUGGGCAGCAUCAUGAACACUGUCAAGAACGUAAAGAUCAUAGAUGGCCGAGGAGACGGCCAGAUGAUCCUAUCCAAGUUGAACGGUGUCAAGAAGCUCGAAGAUGAAGCAGAGAGACGAGAUAUGAUCACCCCUGCUUUAAGAGAAGCACUGACAAAACAAGGGUACAGGCUCAUUGUAAGUCACUCGGGGGUGAAGCUUUGUCGUUGGACCAGGACCUUAGAGAACCACCAGAACAUGAUUUGGCAGUUUCGAGGUGUCCCUGGAGUGAAACCAGAGCGGUUUGAGGAGGGCUUGGCUGUCAGACACUGUGCCCUUUCUUUGGUGGGUGAGCCAAUCAUGUAUCCUGAAAUCAACACCUUCAUUCGCCUCCUGCACUCCCACCGCAUUUCCACCUUCCUGGUCACCAAUGCUCAAUUCCCUGAUGAAAUCAGGAGCCUGGUUCCAGUUACCCAGUUGUAUGUGAGUGUGGAUGCCAGCACCAAAGAAAGUUUGAAGAGGAUCGACCGACCACUUUUUAGGGACUUUUGGCCGCGGUUCCUGGACAGCCUCAAGGCCCUGGGAGAGAAGAGGCAGCGGACUGUUUACAGGCUGACCUUAGUGAAAGCCUGGAAUGUGGAGGAGUUGCAGUCUUACUCUGAGCUCAUUGCUUUGGGUCAGCCAGACUUCGUUGAGGUGAAGACCACAGGGUAUCAGAACCCCAGACGAAGCUCAACCAAGCAUGGAUCCACCUACGGAGGUGAGCCCGGAGCCCAUCCAGCCACAGAUGCAGUAGAGAGGAAGAUGGAGGGGCGAAAGCCUCAAAUCUUGUGGCCUAAAUCUAGCCAGAAAAAGGAGUGGGAAACCAUCAACAUAGACAUAGUCCAUCUCCUAGAGGGGUUGAAAGGAGGUGUAGAGAAGAAGCUGGUAAAGAUUGGAGAAAUCAUCUACAGUUAUGGGGCAGAGCGAUUUGGGGUGAAAAGCGAGCGCAUAAGGUCCGCAGGAACAAGCUCAUGCCAAGUCCAGGAGGCAAAGAGAGAUUGA